GAAUGAUUCAUUUCACCGCCCUUGGACUUGGUUUCGGAACUUCUACCCUUCCAACCGCAAUGUUAGGUCUGAUUUAGUUCGUUUCGCAUUCGUAUACCUCUAGGAGUGGUCACCGACGUCCGCGCUCUGCUAGCAGUGGUCACUACCGUCCUCCUGCACCACCAAGUAGAAACACCUUCUCUACUAACUCUAUAAUCAGAUAGCCGCGAAGGUCUAUCUUUAUCUCUAUCGAUCCACCCCAAGAAAAGAUGAUGCGCAAAGCGGCUUCUUCGGUCGUUGGAACUACUUUGUUUCUCUCCGCUACGACCCACGAAGCUGGAGCAAGGGUCCUCUUCACGCCCUCUCUUAGGGCAGCUUUCUCUAAUCGGAAUCCAUCUAAGAUUAAUGUAGUUUUAUAUCAAGCAUCCGAAUUUUUACAAGUUUCUUGUGUAGAGAUGUCAAAGAGUCAUCCACUUCCUAGGAGAGUGAGACGUUUCCUUUCUAGGGGAGAACGGUAAAUCUCCCACUUGUGCUAGAAGCGUCUACUUAGAGACGUUUGUCUAAUGGGAAAACUAUCUUUCCCAACAGGAUCGACCUCUUCGAGACGUACCUAUUUAUCAGUGUGAGCAGCUCUAAUGGUGAUGGUCGCGCUAGUCCGUACUACUCUACGUCGCGGCUCCGCUCGUCGUUGAAUGCGAAGAAUCGUCAACUGUCCUCAGCGCAUCGAAGCCGUGGGUCUUAAGAAAAAAAUCAAAAAACGGAGUGUGGCAAACACACACAUCUUGAUCGCCCGUGAAGUGCAGCAGGGUCUUACCACUCUACUCCAUAAACUGAAGUAUCAAUGAAAUUGAUUGAAUCCAUCAUCCAUUCUCUUGAAUGGCCUCGAACGCUCACCCCCUCAUAGGUGGUGAGCCCACUCCUCUCCUAUCCUAACUUUGGACUCACUGUAAUGAUCCCUACUCCUUCGGAUAAAGCCUAUUCCUGAAUGGGUUAACCAUUAUUCCAGGUUAACCAGUAUUUCAUAAAGCACUUCUAGUACUCUUAGCAGUCUCAUCUGCUAGCUACUACUACUACUCCUACGACUAAAUCAUGAAUCUUCAUCAUGGAACAACUCGAACUAAGUAUAUAUUCUGGCAAUCAUGCUAGACAGCUUCAAAGACAUUAUCACAUCCUUCCUCCUCACUCUAAUGAUCGCUACGACAUUUUUCUCGACGCAGAGGCUUCAACAGUACUACAAAGAGCCGCAGCGAGGAAGAAGAUGAAAAGAGCAGAGGUGAAGAUGAUAUGGAUAGCGAAGACGAAGAUGACGUGGAGGUGGAAGAAGACCACAAUGGAGAAGAAAUAGAAGAAAUGACGGAGCCGCCUGAGGUGGAAGAUAUGGAAGAUGUUUGGAUGAAAUGGAAGAUGUUUUGAGAAAUGAUCGGCUUCUGUUUUACUUAAGUAUAUCAUACUAUGCUGCAUGCUGGUGAUAGAUCAUGAUGAUGGCAGGCGGUGGAGGGAAAGGUGCUAGAAGAUGAUGAUGAUGAUGAUGAUCAUUAGAAGAAAGACGUAUAUAUAAUAUUAGAGCUCACCCUUAUCCAAAUCCAUCCUGAGAUGCAUCCUGAGACCGAUUCCCCCAUGAAAACGUGCCCAAGAUGCUUCAGAGGAUGGAUUAGGGGAAGCCUCAAUGAUACAAGCCUCGAGAAAAUGAUCGUGAUGAAGAGAAGUACAACAGUCAACAGGGGUCGGGCUCUGGAUAAAGUUGGUGUAUGAGCCGCCCCAGAGAAAGAAGAAAAUAUUGUUUAAAUAUAUGUAAAGACUAGAGAUAGUACCAUGAACGACGUUUUUCCAUCUGUGAGAGCAUUCAGAGGACUCAAUACAUCAGUUGUGAACUACAGCAUUCGAGUAUAGUCGACAUCGAGGCUCGUCUUACAAAAGAAUUCUCUUCUGUUGAGACAGUACUUGUACUUUUAGUUGUUGUAGUACCAGCAUUUUCACUGAGAAGUUGACUUUUCUGUACUCAAGUUCUAAGCACGAAGAGACGAGGACGCCCGCUCCUGAGAUGACGACGAACAGCACAGGCCGGACUGGGGGUUCAAGUUCGAACAACGGCAAUGGCUGGAGCAACGGCAGUGCUAAGCUUAAGGGUUACCGAAUUACAUCCCGCACUACCAUCCUUGGCUCUUUUUCUACUUAAAAGAGGCGCCAGGGAUGUUCUGAGGAAUGUAAUUCCUCAACCUCCAAAAAUGGUUGGAACGGCGGGAUUGAACCGAUUACCAGCACCACUGCGGCCCCUAGCACCACGACGAGUCAAACCUGUGCUCCUACAUAUUGGGAAGCAUACCCUGGCGUUAAGGCGUUGCUGUUAUAUAUCCUCAAUACCAUUUGAUAGGAUGGAACAUGAGGCAACAUGACAUAACAUAGCUACACUGCUUUGACAAAGGUUUUUAAGCACCUUUCGUCCAAAUGAAAAUCGAUUCAAAUCAUCAGUAGAAGAUGAAGGUUGGGCUAACAUCAUGAUCAAAAUGAAUCCUCAUCCUCAUCCUCAUUCCAUCUAAUAUCGGCGUCCAAUGCAGUUCGCUUGUGAAUGAGCAUAUGGCGGCCCCCAUUGGUUCUGACCUUAAACGGUGCUACUGCGAUUCGUCCGCGAAUUUAUGGACUACUAAAAAACUAUACAUAGUACUCACGAGGAACCAGCACUUUUAGUUCUAGUUCAUCUCGAAUAUUUUGUCUAUAUUUUCUUACAUCCAUAAAUACACCUUCUCGAUCUGCUCUAAUCCAUGUGAUGCCAGGUGCACCCACAGACGACGUCCACGUGUCAGGCGGACACCCUUCUCAGGGCAAUCUAGCGAAGUUGUGUGAGGACAAUUGUGGUAAAAAUUUUUGGACAUUGACAAUGACUUAGAUUUUUUGAAGAUGGAGUCGAGGAAGACUUUUCACCAAAUAUUACUUUGUCUCUCAGCCUACAUUUCUUAAGUUUAUUGUUCGUUUCUAUUUUAGUUUAAUUUAUAUUUUCUAGUUAUAGCUGCUCGGCUUCAUCGUCACUACCUCCAUAGACAUUCGUAGCAGAUUGACAAUCUUUACAGUAGCGAGCUGGAGCUGAGGCACCAUCUGAGUUUAUCAAUUCGUCCUACAUUCAUCUUGCUAUCGGAGGUAUUCUUCGUCUUUUUCCUUUCAAACAACUUUAUUCAACUACAAACAACGUGACGUAAUCCACAGUCUUUCCAAUAUUGAUCAGUGGCCAUGGGCGACUGCGCCGCCUUCCGCGUUAAGAUCUGGCAGGCUCCCGAUUAUACGGUCAAAGCAACCUGUUACUACCAUUCCAUUGGCUUUUUAUGAAAAACUCUUUGAGCGUUUAUUGUCUUCUUCUAAAGAAGAAAAAGUGCAUGACGCCAUUAUGAGAAAGCGAAGCAAAGGCGUCCUAUCUUAUCCUAUCCUAUUCCUAUCAUCCUAAAAUCGUCAUGCAUAUGGUGGAUUCGUUACUUUUUCGGUUUCUUAUUCUUUCUAAUAUGAGAAAUGCAUCAUCAUGUAGGAUAUGAAUUCGUCAAAUCUUUGUCUUUCUAACAUUCAACGACGCAAGCUGCGGCCUCGACCACGCGGAAAGUAACCUCGGUGUCUUUAAGGCUACUUGUGUUUCUAAAGCAUCCUUUCCUCCUACCUACCUCAUACAUGAUCAUGAUCCUUGGUUCUACCUCUUUUUUCACUGGAAAGAGAGGUCGUCAAGGGUCCUACAACUUCUUUUUUGCUUGAAAAUGAACUUGCUAUUGCUCCCAAAGAUUCUCUUCUAAUCUCAACCUCUACUACAACAUCGAAGACAGUGCCAAAGCCAAUUGCGCAACCAUUAUGACGAGUAUCAUUCAAAAAAUGGUGUGUGCCGACCCCUGUCACCUGAAGUACUACGCAGCUUCCUCCUCUUCUUUUUACUCAUUCUCAUGCAUGUUCAUGAUAAUCAACAUCAAGAAGCAGAUGAUUGCAGGACCUUCAUCUAUCAUCUGA